CAGUUGCCCUACUCUACCCUGCUCUUGUACUAUGAGAAUAAAAUUGUACACCACAUUUCCACCAUAAUCGCCAUUGAUAAUUCUUCUCAACAAAUCAUAUUUCCAUUAUAACUCUUUAUUUAUUUUCCCCUUUCAUGGAUUUCCCGGAAAAUCGAUUCCCCGGCCUAAUUCCGGCGACUUUAAAUGCCGUUGUUAACUCCUCAUGUCCUCUUUUAGGCUUCAUCGGACGACUUUCUCCGGCCGCCGCGAUUAUAAUCGUAACCGUCGCAGUCCCGGGGUUCCUUUACUUAAAGAAAAACAAAAAUAAACUUCCUUGUGAACGGCACAAUGUCCGCGGAGAGUCGACGGAUGCCGCUCCGACGUUUGAUCCUCUUCUGAAUGAAUUUGUUGGAGGGCGUAUAAGUGAGAUAGAUGUUCAUCUUGAUGCUGAAUAUGCAGAAGAGUUACAGCUUCAUGAAGCUUUAGUAGCCUCACUUUACACUGGUCAAAGCAGUAACUAUGCAUCUCUAUCUGCUCAAGGACUUUUGUCUGAUACAGAGAUGUUGAAUCUUGAAAAACACGGUGAAGAUCAUCUUCACAACUUCUGUGAGAUUUGCUUGGAUAACAAAGAAAGCUGGGAGAUGUUCAAAAAUGACGGUUGUUCUCAUUCCUUCUGUUAUGAGUGCACUAGCAAGCAUAUUAUGGCAAGGAUUUCACAGAAAGCAAAAGUGAUUGGUUGUCCUGGGGUAAGUUGCAGUGCUGCUUUUGAUGUUAAUGCUUGUAGGUUCAUGAUUCCCGAAGAGGCACGAAUCAAGUGGGAUGAAUUGGUAUGUCAGUCAAUGAUUCUCGACUCUCAAAAGCUGUACUGCCCUUUCCGUGAUUGCUCAGCCCUGUUGGUAAAUGAUUCUGGGGCGAGUAUAGAAAGGAUAAACUGCCCUAUGUGCAAGAGAUCAUUAUGUGCAGCAUGUCGAGUUCCAUGGCAUUCAGAAUUUACAUGCAAAGAAUUCCAGAAACUGAAUGCCAAAAAGGGGGGCAAAGGGGAAGAAAUGGUGAAGACACUUGCCAAGAAGAAAAGCUGGCAGAAAUGUCCUAAUUGUAAAGUAUUUGUUGAGAAGACAGAAGGAUGCAUUCACAUGACUUGCAGGUGUGAAUAUGAGUUCUGCUACAGAUGUGGUGCAAAAUGGGCUGCUUCUCAUGCUUGCCGUAAAAAAUGAUCUUCUGCUUUAAGCUCCAUAAUAUUUCUCCGGGAAGUGACAAUCGAUGAAACUUCCUUUAGGAUCCGUUUAGCUUGUAGUAAAUGUAGGUCUUAAUUACUUGAAUCUUUUGGAAGGAAGCAGAAAUGUUUAUGAUGUACGUAACAAUCUGGAUAUUUAGCUUUUGUCCAUGGUAAGUACUAACUUGCAGUGUUGGGUAACAUAAUAGCUUUUGCUUCAUUUACAAUGUUCUGAAGGAAAAAGAUGCAUGUAGGACUCUUUCUUGUCUUACCAUGGAUAACAGAGGACAUAGUAAGUUUUCUUUUCUUGAAACUGGAAUGACAAGUAGUAGUACCAGUGUUAUCAGAUUUGCUCUUUCUAUUAAA